CGGGAGCCUCACGGAGAAUUUGCCCCGUCGUUCCUACUCUGGUUUCACCAACUACAACUACUCCCUACGUACUCGUCCCCCGUUUUCGCUGGCGCUACCACGGGGCCUGUUAAUUAGAACCAUGUCGGCCACCGCGGACUCCAAAGUCGAUCCCUCAGCUGCCGUUCCCGGCUCCACCGACACGCCUCAGCUCCCAGCCGUCUCAGCUCCAUCAGAAGCCGUGGACGCCUCGAUCCCGACGUCGCACCCCGAGGGCCAGGCGCCCGGUUCGGUGGACGCGGACUCUGCAGAUGUCGGCGACAACACAACGCUGGCGCCUGCCUCCCAGCAGAGCCCUGUAGAGGCCGCUCCGUCUGCCAGCGCAUCUCCUGAAGGGCCCGACGAGGCCAAAGCCGCGGCAACCGCCCAGAAGCCAUCGUCCCAGACAUCGGACGAGGCCGCGAAAGACGAGGAGGACUCGGGCCCGUCAUUAAUGAUCACGCUGCUGUUGAUAACUGGCUCUCGGCACCCGUUCAAGAUCGACGGGAAAUACCUUCGGAAGCGGUCGGUGAAGGUGGAGAAUAAUGAUCCGUUUGCCAUGAGUGUAUAUACACUGAAGGAGUUAAUCUGGCGGGAAUGGCGGCAAGACUGGGAACCGCGGCCAUCGUCGCCCAGUUCCAUCCGACUGAUCUCAAUGGGGAAGCUGCUGGACGAUAAAGCCCCAUUGUCAGACUCGAAGUUCAACCACGACUCCCCCACGGUGGUGCACAUGACCGUCAAGCCCCAGGAUCUUGUGGACGAAGAAGAUGCAAAGGGGUCCAAGGCUCAGUACAGCCGCGAGCGAGAAUCUAGCGAGCGUAGCCCCAGCUGUCGCUGUAUUAUCCAAUGAGUUGGGAAUCUCUCUUGCAUUAGGAAACCGAACUUCCGUACUUCAACGGCGGUGCUGUGCUGCCAGGACCCGCCAAUAUCCCAUUGCCUUUGCCUCGGAUGCAAAAGGCGCUAUCUUGCUUAUGCCGCCCGAGGUUUACCGACGCCGGUCUUCCCUUGGCUCACCACGUUGGAGCUGUUGCUUCCCUUACCGGGUCGAGUUGGCGCCGGUCUUCACCCCGCGCCCGUCGUCGUCUGUUGCAAGGAUGUCGCAUGUGAUUGGCUACCUCGUCGUCUACCAUUUAGAACCACAAGGGGCAUAUCAAGGGGCACCCCCA